CCCUAUUUUACACUGUGAAAAGAUUUUCAUCCUCCCCCCCUUUUUUUCUCUCUCUCUCUCUCUUUAUGUCUAACCCCCAGAUCCACGCUUCAGUACUUAACUUCUUAAUAGAUCAUGGUUAUAUGGAAUCUGUCGAAGCCUUUAAGCGUGAAGCGAGGCAACACCUUGACUCUGCUUCUGGUGAUGAUCAACUCGCCUAUGAUCUAUCUCAGCUUCAUCUUGAAAGAUCCAAUGAGUUGUUAGAAGGCGACAAUGACUAUUUCAAUCAACUUAAUGCAGAUUACCCCUUGAUUCAUGACACCAACAUUUUAGCUGUCGCAUUUGAACCUCAUACACGCGUCUUGGCGACAAGUUCAGUUGAUAAAUCAGUUAAAAUUAGCACCAUGUUAGCCAGCCAAGACUUGUAUCCAAAAACCUACCGUCAUCAUCAAGCACCUGUACUUAGUAUUGCUUUUCAUCCUACAUGCUCUGGACUCAUGAUGACGACAUCUAUGGAUGGUACAGUAGCCUUGGUCAAUACAGACCAUGAGCCUGAAUUUGGUGCUGAUACAGAGAAAGAAGGUCUUCAUCAACACUUUAAAGACCAUCAGAAAUAUGUAGUUCAAGGCUUAUUUUCCCUUGAAGAUGGGCACUACAUGGCCACGGCUUCGUAUGAUCGUACUGUCUGUCUCUAUCAGUCAGACAGAUCCACUCUACCUAAUUAUACCAUGAUCAAACGCCUUGGGCCUUUUAUCGGUAAUGUAGAAACCAUUUGUUUUAUGAAAAACCAACUGGUCGUGGGUGUCCGUGACGAUAACUAUUUACACUAUACGCAUCUUGACAGUCUUGCAUCGUAUCGUGUGAACAUGAAUGCCACAGGCGAUGAUUGGGUCUCUUUUUCACCUGUGUGUCUCUCUGCCAACCAUGGCUUGUUGCUCUGUACGACAGAUCAUGCUAGUGGUCGUACCAUCCUGUUUAAAGCUGGUUCGGAUAAACAAGUUCAAAACUACUAUAUUUUUCCCAACGACAAUACGUUUAUUACACGCAAACAUGUCUGGCAUCCUUCCGGAAGGUAUUUUUAUGCGAUUGGAUCAAAUGAACAUGACAUUGCUGUGGUGGAGGUCAAGACAGGGCAGAUUGUUAAUACUUUAAAGGGGCAUCAAGGUAUGGUGCGUUGUUUGGAUGCUUAUCACCAGGGUUUAUUCAGUGCAGGCUAUGAUCACACAGUGAAACAAUGGUCUAAACAAGAAACAGUUGCGCGUUAAAGUUUGCAUGAAUUCAAUAAAUAACUCCGCCUAUUUAAACCACAC